AUGGAAGCGCUGAAGACUGUACUGAGCCGGAGAAUCGCACUCCCCGUCGUUGUUGCAGCGGUGUUGCUGCAGGAUGUUGCUGAGGCAGGGCAGUACGCAGGGUUGCGAAGUCAGCUAGUCAACUUGCACUCUUUCGCCGAGACGGAGGCGACCAGCUCUGGUUGCCUUGAAGCAGGCAAAGAGUACGUUGGAUUCGCCCUGGCUGAGUUCAGCAAUGUGAGCGACGCCGACACCUGCCAGAAGAGGUGUAGUCAGCAUUCCGACUGCGUUUUUUUCACAUUCGUUUCUUCUGGGAAUCGUUGCCUCCUCCAUUCCACCAAGCCGACUGAGGUCAAGAAUAAUUCGAAUGCGACUGCUGGCCCAAAACGAUGCCAUGUGUGCGUGCUGGAUGGAUUUGAUUUUAAGGGUCAGCCAAACCUUGUGGAAAAAGGCCAGCCCGGUAUCAAGACACUCUCGGCUUGCCAGAAAGCCUGCGCAAAGGAGUCCCGAUGUUACGGCUACCUGUUCGCGCCUCAAGGAAAAGAAUGUCACUUCAAAACAACACAACAUUGUGUGGGUGCUCUCGCGCCGGAUGCCAAUUACAUGGCAGGUCCAAAAACAUGCACGGAUGAGCACUGGUGCAUAAUGAAAGACGUUGACUAUCCCAAAAAUGACCUGCGCAAGGUCAAAGCUGACACCGCGGCAGCGUGCCAGGAUGCGUGUCUGAAUGACGAGAAAUGUGAAUAUUUCUCAUUUGAGGGCCCCAAGAAAGAUUGCUGGUUGAAGGCUGGAGCCAAAGUCCCCUCAUCAAAGACGAAAAAAGCAUCUCUAUUUUCGGGACCAAAGCACUGCGGUCUGCCGACAACAUGCAUCAAGGAGCGGACCAAAUAUGUUGACGAUACCAUUGUGAUCUAUCCCAAGACGGAAGUGGGAAGUUUUGCUGCCUGCCAACUGAAGUGCUGGAAGAACAACAAGUGUGUCUUCAUGCAUUUCAACAGCAGCGGCUGUACGCUGUCCGGAAGUUCUGCAACCGAAGUGGCGGAUGCGAACUCCAAAGCAGGGGAUGUAACAUGCUGA